UUCAGCAUCAGUUCAAACGAUUAUUGUCGUCGAAGAAGUUGAACUUCCGAAGAACGUCAUCUUUUCGAAAAUCAAAUGUCGUGGGACUACUAAUUUUGUUUACUAAUUUGAGUUUAUUUUAAAUUAUUUUUUACGAUUGAAUUUUUUAUUCGAUUAUUAUCCUAGUGGUGUUGAAAAUGGGUGUAGUCGAAUACUGGAAGGAGAAUCUGCCCCUGAUUAUUCCCCUCUUAGUUCUAAGUAGCCUCUUCAUUCUAUUCAUCUGGUUCUUCAUCUGCAGGCAGUUCAAAAAGAGUAUUGUGGCUAGCGCAACACGCUCACUUUACAAUCUCACCUCGAGUCCUAACCCAGCAGCCAACCAAUCAAACUCAACUAAUCGAACGAGCGGCAAACGCAGUCGUGCCAUAUCGGACGAAUCUGAACCAGGAUUCGAGUUGAUAACGUCAUCGCCCAACAACGCGAGAGGAUUACGAAGUCAGACGCCAGGUCGCAACUCGAGAAAUUACCGAGGGAAUAAAAUGCAGCUAAGCUCACAGUACGAUCUUUCGGGUCGAAAUUUUCCAAUCGGCGCUGGAUUUGAGUCGUACCCUGAAACUUCCGACUCGACAUUUAAUAACGCCGAGCAUAACUAUGUAACAUACGAGAACGAAGUGUUGCCAGUGAAUGUAUACCGCGUGGGACAUCAGCCGAGGCGGAGUCGUCGGGCGAUGUCGUCACAGUCGCACAAUCUGAGACGACACUCCUCGGGUAAUCAGAGGUUUAACAUCCGACGACAUGCAGUGAGUCACCCUAGUCAGAGCAGCUCUCAGUUGGAGUCCCAAUUUAUUCGCUUCCAGAACGGUGAAUCCGGUCAGUAUCCAGACUGCUUGAGAAGCAGUUUUACAGUUUUUCCAACUGGCAACCCUUUGGACCCAGAAGACACACUCGCCACCAGUGCAGCGCAACAUUCAAGGCGGAAACAACGAGAACGGGAUCUCCACACUCGAAUGCUGCAACAACUGCUACAGGAAAGAAACGCUCACGAUGGGAACCCUAUGGAUGUGGAGGAGAGAUUCCCGGGUGGGGGAUUUGGGGAAGUGGACUUCGGACUGACACCCGUGAUGGAGGAGAUGGGAGGGAGUGGCACACUUGUGGGAGGGGGUGGAUCUGGACUGGCUAGUUCUACUAAGAUCCAGGAGGGCCUCUUAGUCACAAAUGGGUCCAGGGGAGGAAGAGGGAGGGUGGAAACAGAAAUAACGGGACAGAUUGAACAAAAAAACCAAGUGAAGAGUGAUCUGAUGUAUCCUGUGCGGGGGAGAGGUGGUGUUGCAACGCUCGCAAGAGAGGGUGGGGGCGUUGGCGGAGGAUAUGGAGGUUCGGGAUACAUGAACAGAUACAGCACCCCUCUUCCCCCUGGCAGCCGUCCACCCAUGAUGGCGAUGAUGCGGAGGAACACCUCCAAGGCCUCCAGUGGAUUGCACUCUGUGGCCACUACUAACCAGUCCAGUCUGAGGACCCAUUACACCGACCACAAUGACCUCGCCCACUCCAUCUCCAGCAUAUCACUGAACUCCACCUAUUUGGAUUAUUUGGGGAGAGGGGGAGAUGACAGUACUCAUCACAUGGCAUCUAUUUACGACCAUUCACACCACAGAGCCUUGCCGAGACAUUGCUCCUCGGAUUCCGAACUAGAAGCCAUGACAGGGUCACGAAAGUCUAUGAGCCGCGCCUUCAACUUCCACCCAAUUGCAAUGGACACACCCCAGAUGACGAACUGUCACAAUUUCCACCACGUCCCUCAACGUGAUCAGCAACCACAGUUGGCGGGGGAUGAUCAAGCAGAAGUACAGGUGGCCGAAUUGGGACCCAAUGAGCGACGAGCAGAAAAUAACCACAUUAUGCAGAGAACAGGCAACACAUCACAGCAGACGCCGAGACGAUUCAGAUCGGAUCAGAUUUUGUAUCAAGGCCAGUGUCAACUCUCGGCAACUCCGGAUAGAAAUGGAACGAGUGAACAGCGAAUGGGAACCCAACUUGUUAUGGGGGACCAGAAACCGACUUUCAUAAUCAGGGGAAGUGAGAUCGCAGAAGGGACAGUAACUACGAACGAAACUGGGAGGGACGAAUCACACCAAUGGGUUUAGGAGAAACAGAUAUAACACUGUUUUUUAUAUACAUUGAAUUGAUCUCGAUGUUUUAUUGCAAUCUAGUAAUGGCAGGAAACACGCAUCUCGAAAAA